AUGUGGACAGGGACAAACGCUCCUCGCUCGGCGGAAAUGUGGGAGCAGGUAGCACCCAGAGCAGAAGUGAAGCGCGCAGAUCGUCUCCAGGGGAGGAAAGUUGUCGUCUUGCUUGAAGAUGCUGUCUUGGAUCUGGCUAAGGGACGGGAAGGGUCUCUUCAACUACUUGAAGGCUUCCAACACCGGAAGUUGCUGCAGCAAGAAAACAGGAGUAUCGCAGAUGUAAGGCCAGACAUAACGCACCAGUGCCUUAUAGCCUUGCAGGAGUCGCCCUUGAACAAAGCAGGUCGUCUUUGCGUGUUCAUCCGAACUCAAAGUGGGCAGCUUAUUGAAGUCCAUCCGCAACUCAGGGUUCCACCAACAUACGACGAAUUCAGAAAGCUUAUGAUUAAUCUGUUGCACACUCGGCGGAUACGUGCUGUGGAAAAGAAUGUGACGCUUAUGCAAGUAACAAAAAAUGACGCAAAUCUCUUUCUGCCGGUGGGCAGCAGGAAAAUUGGUGAGUGA